GCCAAACAUUAGAUUGACUGAGCUAGCCGUAUACGGACCUGUUAGCCACACACGGAGUAGCUAAGGGCUAACAGAUCGGCCGAGAUUGGGCGAAUUGAGACGACUGAAAGGCAGCCGAAUUUUUGUAAUAUCAUAGUAGCACCGUGAAAGCAUUAAUUUGAUUUAAGUAAAUGGAAAUAACCACAUUAUUUUUCCGCUGGGUUUUACGAAGGCAUCCUUUGAGUUGCCGGUUUCUUUUUUAUGACAUUUGUGGGGGGGAAAUAAAUUUUCUUUAAAUUUACAUAUUUCCCCUGAUAUUGUCACAUUUUUGUUAAGACAGUAUGUAUCUAAUAUCGAUGCAUGUCCAACAAUAUGUAUUGUCAACUAUCGAUAAUAUGCAUAGGUAAAUUACAAAAGAAUAACAGCGAAGUCACACGUUUUUUUUUUUUAAUUUCGAGGCUUGAAGAAAAUAUAUUUGAUUGCCUUGAAUUCCCUUUAAUAUAUAUUGCUUAUAGCCCUAACGUUUUACUGGGCAGUGGGCCACACAAGCGAACAACGCAAGCGAGUGAAAUAAUGCAAAGUAAAAUAUUUUAUGUGACAUGUAAUAUUUGACAUUUGAAUGGCAAUAAAUAUGAUAAAUACAAAUACAUAGAAAAUACAGCAUAAACAACCAGAUUUUUAUGUCCAUAGCUGGUUAAAACAUUUACUAGCCAUUCUAGUCAUUCUCUAUCUUCAGUUACUAAGCAACUGAGAAGGUCAUUUUGAGAAUUUCCAACUAAAUGAAGAAUGAGAAAAAGUUUCACAUAUGGAUUACAGUUCAGCCAAUCAGAUUUGCUUUGCUAAUGUGUAAUUAUGUAGUGCUUAUAAGGAGUCCUUAGGGUUUUUGUGUAAGAUACCUCUAUUCGAGGUUCAGUUAAGGAGAAUAAGCCUGUAUCGUAAAAAUACGUUUCAUCAGUAUUUGUUCAGCUUUGGCAAUCCGUCACUUGACACGAGAAUCCGCAAACACUUUCAAAAUUGCUCACGCCAAAGAUUUAAUCACUAUUUAUUCAUUCCGUCUGCAAGAUUAGCAGGUCAAGUAUCGCCGUAUGCAAGUGACGAAAAAAAACAAGGAUUUUAAAAAGUUUGAUGUGACUAUACUGGUCAGCGGAGCACCACUAUGUAUGGCAUGCUUCUAGAGAGCAUCCAGCACUACAUCAAGGAGCUGCAUGGCGAGGGGGUCUGGGACCAAAUCAGAUUUUUAGCAGGAGUGGAGCACCACGUGUUCGUCACUCACCAGCGGUAUAGCGAUGCGAUAUUCCAGAAGCUUGCUGAGGGAUCAGCGAAGGUGCUCGGCAAAGAAAUGGGGUGGGGGAAAGAUGACUUUAUGCAGUUCUUCGGAAAGUGCUUCGUGAAGUUUUUCAGUAAUUACGGCUAUGAUAAAGUCAUCAAAGUGUUUGGUCGUCACCUGAGGGACUUCCUGAAUGGGAUCGAUACCAUUCACGAGCAGAUGAGGUUCGGCUACCCCAAGAUGGAGUCUCCCACUUUCCAUUGCACGGAAGAAACAAGUACUGGCUUGACGCUGCAUUACAGAUCAAAGAGAAAAGGAUUCAAGCAUUAUGUCAUCGGUCAAAUGCACGAAGUCGUGAAACAGUUCUAUGAUAUGUCCAUACAGAUAGACAUCUUGGCAAUUACAGAGACCACGAACCAGUGUCAUGUUGCCUACAGACUUACCUUCGAUAACCACGCCUCGAAGCCCUUGGCGCCAGACUUACUGAGUCUCCCGGUGAUACAUGAAGCACCCAACUUAAAGUCGAUGCCUUUGGAGAAUUUCUUUAACAUUUUCCCGUUCAGCUUCGUGAUUUCUGCCAACAUGAGGAUCAGCAUGGCGGGUCAUAGCUUGUUGAGUAUACUAGGGAAGGAAUUACUGGGCGCGAAAGUGACAGAUGCCUUCACGCUGAGGCGACCAAAGACGGAAUUCACCUGGGAAAAUCUACAAGUUUGGCGAGCUGCGUUUGAGUUAGUGUCUAAUUUGCCAUCCAUUGUUGAGACGGGUGCUGUGCGAAACAUAGAAAAACUACAAGCAUCCUAUCACCAAGCGCGAACGGACUUCAAGAGGAAGAAGCGACUGGAUAGUAAUUUCAACGGAGUACAAAACAAAGAGAAUAACUUUGGCUAUGAGAAUAGAAUCCCUGGUAGAGCAAAAGAAUUGAGCUGGAUAAAGGUUGACCAUCGAUCAUCUGGAUUUGGGGCGCAUGGUCUUCCUAUUGCCGAUGCGAAGGAAUCCCGGACAACAAAACGUCAAGAAACAGCAAAGAAUCCACCCGAAGAGGUUCGCCAGGCAAAGAAAAGUGAAAAAGUCGGGAUACUCUCCAGAGUAGUUGAUAAUCUGAGGUGCAUUCCGAUGCUGAUUGACGAAGAUGGCGAGGAGGUUAAAGAUGUUGCAAGUAAAAACGGCAAACGCGAGAACAAAUCGGGCUUUAUCAUGUCUGCUUGUGACACAGUUAUUACCACGGAAGAUGGUGUCAUGUUGAGAAAUGGUUCCACGACUUUUGUAAGAGAUGAUUGUGACGGGAAUGACAUGUACAUAGACACGAUAAACAAAGAUGUCGUAUGGGUCAAACAAACUCCUCACAUUAGACCGAGCAAUGCCAGGAAAUAUUACAAAUCGCCAGGAACGCAUCCAGUUGAACGCACUGAACGUUUAUGUCGCCACAAAAACUCCAACGCAAGAACCUACAUUCAGAAUCAAGAAAAGUCAGAUAAAGAGGUAUGCGAUAGCUUGAGUGAAGAGGAAUCAGAUGGAGUUACAGUGUCGCUACCAUCACCGAGUAAGCGAAGAGACAGUAUUUACAGCGACAGUCCUCAGGAUAAUGUUAAGAAGCAGCCAAGGAUACAUCUAAAGGGAGAGAUGAAGUAUAUCAAACAGAACAACAAAGUGUUGUUUGUCUGUUCUCCUGUUAUAGGAGGUUUUAAUGAGAUGAUGCGCUGUGGCGUGUACAUGAGUGACCUUGGAAUGCACGAUCGAUCACAGGAGAUGGUGCUCUCAGGAAUCCAGCCUUUGCAACAGCUAGAAUAUGCAAGAGACCAGCUUUUAGAAAAAAGCAGGGAACUUGAAAAAAACAUGAAGCGAGUUGAGCGUGAGCGUAUGCGCAGUAAUCAACUGCUUUACCAAAUGAUCCCCAAGCAGAUCGCGGAUCGACUAAAAGAGGGACAGGACGCCAUCGACACUUGCCAACAUUUUGACUGCGUAACCAUACUGUUCAGCUACCUGGACGGGUUUGUGCAGCUCUGUUCGCACGUGUCGGCCAUGGAGGUGGUGAGCGUGGUCAACACCAUGUUCACGGUCUUCGACAAGCUCAGUGAGAAGCAUGACGUCUAUAAGUUUGAGACCCUUGGCGACGCGAUUUACAUGGCGGUUAGCGGAGCACCUGUGCCGAAGGCGCGUCAUGCGGAGCCUAUGGCGGCAAUGGCCCUUGAUAUGAUCGACGCAAUGGAUGAGAUCAAGAAAUUCUGCUCUAAUGCCUUACUCACCAUUACUAUUGGAAUGCAUUCUGGGGCCGUUGUGGCUGGCGUGGUGGGGAAAAGGACGCCACAGUAUUGUCUUUUCGGACACACCGUGAACAUCGCAUCUCGUCUGCGCACUACAGCACUUCCCAUGCGGAUCCACAUUAGCAACAGCUGCAAUGAAUGCCUCCUCAACACAGAGUUCCAUACAGAAUUUCGCGGAACAAUUCUACUUAAGGGGAUACAGGGGGAGAUGAAAACAUACUGGUUAAUAGGACGAGAGAGAAAGAAUCUGACACACCAGGCUACUACGACCAAUGAACCAAAAACUACAGAUGUAUAGACCGACGUUCACAACAGAAGGACAUACAUGUCAAUUAAGUUUUUAUUAUUUGUAGUAGAAGGCUCAAGAUAUUUGUACAUCUAAUAUAUAUCCUAUUUAUUCAUGGACCACAAUUCAACUUAGAUUCAAUGUUUUUAAAACAUAUCUUUCUAGAUACAUCUCUCAGUACGUUUUUUAUUCAUAUCCCACUCGCCCUAUGUCCGAGGAGUAAUUUAUUUAUCUCGGCAACAGUAUCAAAUGUGUUGUUUACACUAGAGAUGAAAUAUCUGUGUUUCUUAACGUGGGCAGUAAGCUAGUUUACGCAGAGUAAUAAAACACGUGCUUGGUAAGAGAAAGAGAAAGAUUAUCACACCAAUGUGGCUGCGAAGAACAAUUACUCGGAGCUAUAACCUUAUAACCUUAUUGUGUAUUAGUCUACUCUUGUAAAUACAAUUUGCUAGUUCAGGGCCAGAAGCAGGUACCCACUUAGUAGACUAGGAAUUUACAAAAGACGUUAAAAAAAUAGCGUCUGUCCACGAAGCAAAUACAACAAAUUUCUGAGCUUUGCCCUCCUGAACACAAUUUCCUAGCCACGGCCUCGUAGCUGUUGCAAAACGAGUGUCGGACAUGGUUCGAGUGUCACGUUUGAAGUGCAAAACAUCAGCUUCAACGUACAAAAUGCAUGGCACUGGAGAGAUGUGACAUUCGAUACCCGCUUGAUUUCUAUUGAAUGUAUUUACAUUUUUUAAAGAAGUGAUGCAAAUUUCUCAUUUUUCAAGCCAUUGAGCUGAAACAUCUCAAUUAAAUUUACACUGUUUUAGUCUUGUGUUCUGCUGCUAUCUCGUUAGAUGAAGAAACUACGUGCUUGUGUUCAUUGUUUUUUUAAGGAAGCUUACUAAACGAAAUUCCCUCGAAAACAAUAGAUGGUUCUGAGAAAAGAAUCCAUCUAUCUCUAGGGGGCAUUAGGGUUUUGGUUUGAGGAACUGCAAACAGUGGGUCUGAGUUAGCUGCAUCAAAUCUACUCCCCUGACAAUUUUUCGUCAUUUGUGAAAUAUUCAUGAGUGGAAUUAAUACGUGUAAAUUAUCCACAAUGUACAUCUUUACAUAAUAAAGAAUUGUAAAUAGUCAA